AUGCUGUUCAAGACCUUCCUUGUGUCCGCCACACUGGCCGCCCUUGUCGCAAGCGCAAGCGCUGCCAAGCAGAUUGAAGACCGCGGCCUCGAGCGUCGCGAGACCGACGGGUGGUGCGCCGAGCGCACCAACACCUGCUGGGACUCCAGUGGUGAGCUGGGCGACUGCGAGAACGGCAGUUGCACCAAGGACAACAACAAAUGCGUGCAACACAGAACAUGCGGAGGCAUGGGCUUCUGCGAUGCUUGGGUCGACUGCGAGUAA